AUGCUGCACGAGCAAAAAGACUUGGCAGAAGUGUCAAAAAUUAAUACUAAAGAACAAAUUGUUGAGCAUCCACAUUCUACAGCGACCAAGCACCACGCGCAAGAUUCAUGGGCGUCUAAGUUUAGGUGGAAGAUAAAAGACGACCAUGCUCCACCUGAAAUCUUUAACUGGACUUUGUUUCUUUCGGUCUUUGUUUUCGGUAUCUUAGGGUCGGCUAGAGGUUAUGAUGAAGGUAAUAUCUCUGGGUCAGUCGCGCAAAUUUCGUUUCAGAAUUAUUUUGGUUUCAAUGAUCCAAAUAAGUCUGAAGAUGAUGUUGCAAACUUGAAAUCUAAUAUUACAUCCAUGGUUCAAUUAGGUUCUAUUGGUGGUUGUAUUAUUGCUAUGUUUGUUGUUGAUAGAUUUGGUAGAAUUAGAUCUUUACAAGCAGCUUGCGUUUUAUGGAUCGCAGCUGCAAUUAUUCAAAUCACUUCAACAAAUGUUGGUCAGUUGUAUGCUGGAAGAUUAAUUGAAGGACUUGCUAUUGGACAAACUACCACUAUUGGACCUACAUAUAUGUCGGAGGUUGCACCUAAGGCUAUCAGAGGACUUUGUGGAUGUGUGUUUGCUGGUGCUGUUUACUUUGGUAUAAUGAUGGCGUAUUUUGCAAAUUAUGGUGCAGCUUUGCAUAUGUCACCCGACUCAAAUCAGCAAUGGAUUGUUCCUACUUCGAUCAAGAUCCCGUUAGCAGGUUUGAUAUUGACUGGAUCGUUCGUUUUCUGUGUCGAAAGUCCAAGAUGGCUAUUGAAGGUCAAUAAGCCAGAUAAAGCAGCAAAGAAUUUAUCAAAGUUGAGAAAUUUACCUACAGACCACCCAUAUAUUUUAGGGGAAAUCUCCGAUAUUAAUGAACAAAUCCAUGCUGAAAACGAAGCUACCCAAGGAAGUACCAUAUUCGCUAUGAUCAAGGAAAUAUUCUGCGUUAAAUCGAUCAGAUAUAGAUUUUUUGCUGUUGCUUCAUUGACACAGAUUUUAGGUCAAUGGUCCGGAGCAAACGCUAUUACGAUAUAUUCUCCAGAACUUUUUGCAUUAGUUGGAGCUGUUGGAGUUGAAAAGUUGAAAUGGACUGCUAUUUUAGGUGUUGUCAAGUUUGUAUCUGCUUACUUCAGUGCGUUCUUUGUUAUUGAUUUCUUAGGUAGAAGAAAGGCACUCUACAUUGGUAUUAUGAUCCAAAUGCUUUCCAUUUUAUAUUUUGCUAUAUUCUUAACAAUUGUCCCUGAAGCUGGAGAUGAUAAUGUCAAUUUGACUGGAUCAAAAGAAAGAGCCGGAAAGGGAGCUAUGGCUGCAUUAUUCUUGUCAGGAGCAGGUUGGACUAUGGGUUUCAAUUCGAUUCAAUACUUAUUAGGUUCAGAGAUUUUCCCAUUGAACAUUCGUUCGUUCGCCCAGUCUGCUAUCAUGGUUUUACAUUUCGCUAAUCAAUAUGGUAAUUCAAAGGCAUUACCUAAGAUGUUGCUUGCCAUGGAUAACUACGGUGCUUUCUACUUUUUUGUCGCUAUUAUGAUUAUCGGCUUGUUAUGGGCAUGGUUCUUUAUUCCAGAAGUUGCUGGCCGUUCGUUGGAAAGUAUGGAAGAAAUCUUCAAUUUACCGUGGUAUCUUAUUGGAAGAAAGGGGGCAGAGUUAUGUCCAGAUUACUCUGAAAUUAAUAAGAUCACAUACAGCGAUGAUGGACAUGGUAAUGCCUACGAUGGUGAAAUUAAUUAUGAUUUAGAAAAGUCUAAGGUAUCUCAAGAGUAUGUCGAAGAUAAUGGACUUAUGAGAAAAGGUUCGAACGAAGAAGAAGAUAAUAACUCAAUCAAGGAUAAAUCUUAA